CCAAUGGACGAGCGAGAAGAAAUCCAACAGAACAACAUGAUAUCGAACCUACCACUGCUCUUUGCAAAUGGCUAUCCGACGUCUUUAGACAAAAUAUCAGAGUCUCAGUUAGAAAAGUUUAUACCGUUUAUGGUACAAUGUUCCUUGGGCCAUAUCAACUUGCAAGGUCAAGUUGAGUGCAGCGAACCAGAAUGGUGGCCCGAAGACUUGCCAUUUUGCAUUCCUUUGCGUAAGCCGAAGACAUUUCACGGCAAUUGGGUUGGAAAGCUGAAAGAGGUAGUUCUGAUAUGUUAUCAGUUCCACAAAAGUGUUUUCCUCCUAAGAUUCUGCAACGACUUGUCCUCGUAUGAACAUGCAAGCCUUCGAUUCAUCAACAAUUACAACUCGACGACGUCGCUGUUCGAUCGCAGGAGUAACAAGUUACUGGUUACGUUUCGCAACGAAAAUAUGUCGUAUGACCAACCACAGAGGCUACGAAAGUGUCUACUUCAGCAAAAGUCCAAAAACGGUCAUGCCACAUUAAACUCGCUGCAACAGAUGGUAGAACCUGCCCCCUUCGACAUAUAUCUUUGUGAUAAUUGUGAUGCGGAACUGUAUUCUAAGGAAGCAAUCUUGGUCCACGAGAAGACUUGCAGUGUGGAAGACGAUGAUGACGUCAUACUGUGUGACACUCCAGAGCCCGAGCCACAAGAUAGCAAUACCCUGGAGGACAACGAACAGCGUAUUGGCUUUUUACUAAACUUUAACCUGCAAUGCCGAACAAGCAAAAAAACAGUUCAGCCCAUACAGACACCUAACGAGCCUGAAGCGGCAUGCAAUGGAAUGCCCACAGAAAAUCUAAAGGUAGAUAGCCGAUUCAAGAUUGUAGAUAAAAAGAAACGAAUUUCGAGACGAAGUCGAGCUGUGCAUUCCGUAUGGCGUUGUCCCACAAUUCCUCUUUCUUCGCCUGCAGGUCAGCUUUUAUUACGUUCAACCAAAACUUCCAUUACACCUGAAUAUCUCAGCGAACGCCUAGAUCGAAUUGAACGAUUCUGCCAGGCACCGUUGUUGUCAAAAUUGGCGACCCGGCCCAAGUUUUUGGAGAAAAAACAGUCGACAUCCACGCCACAUUGUAGCUUCAAGAAACCACAAGAUUACAGCACUCACUUAUACAUUUUCCCUCGUCGUCAAUUCUCCCAGAAGCGUCGAACCGAAAACGUAUUACUCUUCAACUCAAAUCUACUGAGACGAUGCAAACCUAUAUCGGUGCGCUUGAAAAAGAUUAACGAGAGUCGGCAAAAUAAUCCGAGCACCAAACUGAAUAUCAAACUAACACGAGACAACUGCCGUAGCUCAAACUGGAAGAUAUCUUCGUGUCCAUCGGCAGAAAUUAUCGUCGACACGAUUGACUUGUGUUCUUCCGACGAGGACGAGGACAACCAGAUCAGCUAUCGACCAUCCAAUAUGUCGUACAUAAUAGACUAUUAGCA